UUCACCAAAAUGCAACUCUAUAACAGCACAAACGCCACCCUGUGCAAGGUAUUUCCGUCCACCUUCGCAGGCGUGGUCCUAGAUUGGUAUCAUCAGAUCGAUGAAGGGCGCAUCGAUUGUUUCGAACAGUUCGCAGCGAUGUUCUUAGCAAAAUUUGCCAGCAGGAAAAGGCGCUCCUUGACCAUAGGCGCCCUGUUUAAGGUCAGGCAGAAGGAGGUAGAAGCGUUAAGGGAGUUUUACGAGAGGUGGCUAUCUGUGGCCUUAGCGGUAAAGGAUGCCCAGCCAUCUGUGCUGGGAGUGUGCCUGAAUGAGUGCACCUCCAGUAAGGAGCUAUGCAGGGCGCUCGCAAAGAGGGACGUGGUGUCCACAGAGGACUUGGAUCACAGAGUGCAAAAGGUGAUUAUGCUGGAGGAGACGCUAGCGGCCAGGAGGGCAGAUCGGAGAAAGUCAAGAGCGGAGGAAGCCGAUGUACCAACGAGGCCGUACCCCCCGAGUGGUUCGGGCUAUGCGCCCGCAAGCCAACCCCCGCCAAGGAGAAGUGAUAUGGGGCGCCAGGCGCCUAGGGGGACUGGGCACUUCGCCGAGUACAACGACACUCUGAAGAACGUGCUCCUGCACGUUAAGGAGAAGGGAUACCACAUCAGGUGGCCAGGCCCCAUGAGGGGACAACCCAAUGAGCGGAACUUGGAUCAAUACUGUGAUUUUCACCGUGAAAUUGGGCACUAUACGGCCGAUUGUUAUCAACUGAAAACAGAGCUACAGGGUCUGGCAGACAGAGGAAUGCUUAAUGACUUCAUUAAGAAGCCUGAAGAAAGAGUACAUCGGGCAUGUGUGGCUGGAGCGGUGAAGGCAAGGGAGGAGCUGCCUCCCCCACCCUACGACCUGGAUCAAGAAAAGGCGCCUGACUGCAUGUGCCUGACCAUCGAAGCCAUCUCAGGAACAAUGGAUUUGAGAGAGAAGAUAGAGGCAAAUCGCCAACUGAGAGCAGCGUCGGCAGAUGUGCAGGAGUCGAUUGACAUUAGCUUCAAUAAGGCGCCGGAAGAAGCAUGUAUGCUACCGUCUAUGGACUCCUUGGAGAUACAAGGGGUAGUAGCCGGAUGCAGAGUGAGGAGAAUGUUGGUCGAUACGGGAAGUUCCAUGGAUGUGCUGUUCAAGGAUAUGGUGGUUCGCAUGCAACUAUCGCCAGAGAUGAUCAGACCAUCAGAGUCUGUGCUGGUAGGCUUUUCGGGGGCGCACGCCCGAGUGAUAGGACGGGUGUGCCUGCCUGUCACCUUGGGAGAUUGGGAGCAAAGGGUUACGCGCGCCGUAGACUUCGUGAUAGUGGACUGCCCAUCGCCGUACAAUGCAAUCCUUGGAAGGCCCCUCCUAGCCUUAUUCAACGGGGUGGCCUCCACUUGUCACCAAACCUUGAUGUUCAUCGCCCCGCAAGGGGUGGGCGUGGCCCGGGGGCGAGGCGCCCCUCGUUACGCGAAGGAAACCGGGCGCAAGCGAAGGCACGGCGAGGCAAGAAUCAAUGUGAUGGAAGUUGUGGGGGAUGAGGCCCCGCGAGCGGAGGCUGCCAACGAGGAACUGUUGAUAGCGCUGGAGGAAGGGCGCCCAGAAAGAUGCGUCAGGAUCUCGGCAGAGGCGCCUGCCGAAAUGAUGGAACGACUCAUCGCGCUCCUAAGAGAAUUCGCAGAGCUAUUCGCGUGGAGCGCAUUGGAAAUGUCUGGCGUCAAACCCGAAACGGCCGUUCACAGGUUAGCGGUCGAGGAAGGCAGGCGCCCCGUGCAACAAAAGCGCAGGAACCUAUCGCCAGAAAAGGAGGCGGCGCUCAGGGUCGAGGUGGACAAGCUGAUGGGCGCUAACUUGGUCGAAGAAACUUCUUAUGUUACUUGGUUGUCGAAUGUGGUCUUUGUGCCAAAGCCGUCGGGCGACUGGAGAAUGUGUGUGGAUUACACAAGCCUCAACAGGGCAUGCCCAACAGACGCCUACCCAAUGCCCCGGAUAGACUUACUGGUGGACUCCACGGCAUACCACGAGAUGUUGAGCUUUGUAGACAUGUUUUCUGGAUAUCAUCAAAUCCCCAUGACAGAGGAAGACCGGCCCAAAACAGCUUUCAUGACACCUUUUGGAAACUUCUGCUAUCGGGUCAUGGCCUUCGGGCUCAAAAACGCGGGCGCCACGUAUCAAAGGAUGGUCAACAACGUCUUCCGGCAGCAAAUCGGCCGAAAUGUGAAGGCCUACGUGGACGACCUCAUAGUCAAAAGCCAGAAACGAGAAGACCACAUCGAAGAUUUGUGAGAGACGUUCCAGGCCAUGAGAGCGCAUAGGCUUCGUCUAAACCCCCUCAAAUGUGUGUUCGGCGCCGAAGCGGGAAAGUUUCUGGG